AUGUCGAUCACAGUUGACGGUGUUUCGGGCCGGUCGGUAGGCCGGCCGGCCUCUUCCAUAGGUGGCUGCGUUUCCGACUUCGCCCUGGCUCCACUCCGGGGGCUUGACGUGCAAACUUCGCCCGAGCGCGCUGAGAGGGAGGGACCGGACGGCGGCCCCGGCGCCGCUUCCACCUCCGCCGCCGCAAUGGCGACCGUCGGGGAGCGCAGGCCCCUGCCCAGUCCCGAAGCGAUGCUGGGACAGUCGUGGAAUCUGUGGGUCGAGGCUUCCAAACUUCCUGGAAAGGACGGGACGGAAUUGGAUGAAAGUUUCAAGGAGUUUGGGAAAAACCGUGAAGUCAUGGGACUUUGUCGCGAAGACAUGCCAAUAUUUGGUCUCUGUCCAGCCCAUGAUGAUUUCUACUUGGUGGUGUGUAACGACUGUAAUCAGGUUGUCAAACCACAGGCAUUUCAAUCACAUUAUGAAAGGAGACAUAGCUCAUCCAGCAAGCCUUCACUGGUUGUUCCUCCCGCAUCAGUAUUUUCCUUCUUCCCUUCUCUGUCCAAAAGCAAAGGAGGCAGUGGCAGUGGAAGUAGCCGUUCUUCCAGUGGAGGGGUUCUAAGUGCGUCCUCAUUAAGUUCCAAGUUGUUGAAAUCGCCCAAAGAGAAACUGCAGCUCAGGGGGAACAACAGGCCAAUGCAUCACCUUCAUCAAAAUAGAGUCUCCCAUAGUAGAAUCAUGACACCCUCUGUCAAAGUGGAAAAGAUUCAUCCGAAGAUGGAUGGCACACUACUGAAAUCUACGGUGGGGCCAACCUGUCCUGCUACUGUGAGUUCCUCAGUCAAGCCUGGCCUUAACUGCCCCUCAAUACCAAAGCCAACCUUGCCUUCACCUGGACAGAUUCUGAAUGGCAAAGGGCUUCCUGUACCACCCACUCUGGAAAAGAAACCUGAAGAUAAUUCCAAUAACAGGAAAUUCUUAAAUAAGAGAUUAUCAGAAAGAGAGUUCGAUCCUGACAUACACUGUGGGGUCAUUGAUCUUGACACGAAGAAGCCCUGUACUCGGUCUUUGACAUGCAAGACACAUUCCUUAGCCCAGCGGAGGGCUGUCCAGGGUAGAAGAAAACAAUUUGAUGUGUUAUUAGCCGAGCACAAAAACAAAACCAGGGAAAAGGAAUCGAUUCGCCAUCUGGACUCUCAGCAACCAACACAACUUCUCAGGGACUUGCAUCCCACCCCUCCUAGGACGUCACAGGAGCCGCACCAAAACUCUCAUGGAGUGAUUCCUUCCGAAUCAAAGCCUUUCAUAGCUAGUAAACCUAAACCUCACACCCCCAGUCUUCCAAGGCCUCCAGGCUGCCCUGCUCAGCAAGGUGGGAGUGCCCUCAUUGACCCUCCUCCAGUCCAUGAGUCUCCACACCCUCCCCUGCCUGCCACUGAGCCAGCUUCUCGGUUAUCCAGUGAGGAGGGAGAAGGCGAUGACAAAGAAGAGUCUGUUGAAAAACUGGACUGUCAUUAUUCAGGUCAUCAUCCUCAGCCAGCAUCUUUUUGCACAUUUGGGAGCCGGCAGAUUGGAAGAGGCUAUUACGUGUUUGACACCAGGUGGAACCGGCUUCGCUGCGCCCUCAACCUCAUGGUGGAGAAGCAUCUGAAUGCGCAGCUGUGGAAGAAAAUCCCACCAGUGCCCAGCACCACAUCACCAGUCUCCACCCGUGUUCCUCACCGGACAAAUUCUGUGCCGACAUCACAAUGUGGGGUCAGCUGUAUGGCAGCAGCAACUGUGUCUACACCCCCAGUCCUGCUCUCAUCCACCUGUAUCUCCCCAAAUAACAAAUCGGUACCAGCACAUGGAACCACAUUAAAUGCACAGCCUGCCGUGUGUGGGGCAAUGGAUCCUGUGUGUAGUAUGCAAUCCAGACAAGUGUCCUCUUCAUCCUCAUCCCCAUCCACGCCCUCUGGCCUUUCCUCAGUGCCCUCCUCCCCCAUGUCCAGAAAACCUCAGAAGUUGAAAUCCAGCAAGUCUUUACGGCCCAAGGAGUCUUCUGGUAGUAGCACUAACUGUCACAACGCCAGUAGCAGUACCAGUGGCGGCUCAGGAAAGAAACGCAAAAACAGUUCCCCUCAGUUAAUUCACUCUUCCUCCUCCUCGUCCUCCUCUUCUUCUUCUCAUUCCAUGGAGUCUUUUAGGAAAAACUGUGUGGCUCAUUCUGGGCCCCACUACACCUCAACAGUAACAUCUUCCCAUGGCAUCGGCCUCAACUGUGUGGCAACAAAAACGAACUUGGUGAGUGUCCGGCAUGACCAGUCAGGGAGGGGCCCCCCCGGCGGGAGUCCUGCUGAAUCCAUCAAGAGGAUGAGUGUGAUGAUGAACAGCAGUGAUUCUACACUUUCUCUUGGCCCGUUCAUUCACCAGUCCAGCGAACUGCCUGUCAACUCCCAUGGCAGUUUUUCAUACACACACACUCCUCUAGACAAAUUCAUAGGAAAGAAAAGGAAGUGCUCGCCUGGCUCAAGCAGCAUUAACAGCAGUGGCGGCGGCAGCAGCAGCAGCAGCAGCAAACCCACCAAGGUUGCCAAAUUGCCAGCCAUGAAUAACAUCCACAUGAAACACUCGGGUACCAGCCCAGGGGCACAAGGACUGACGAACAGUACCCUCCUCCAUCAGCCAAAGGCACGUCCCUGACAGAUGAAAAAACACGGGGAGGAAUAAUCUGGACACUUUGGCUACAAGUUACACCUCCACUCAGCAAUCUGGACUCCACGAUGCCUUUGAGUCUGUUUUUCCCAACCUCCUGUGGGCCUCGAGGGUAGAAAUCUGCCGGGCUGUUGUUUAACGAGGAUUUCCCUGAAGCUGUCUAUGUCUGUAGCAGUGAGUACUUGUAAAGGACACUGGAUCAAGUUCAGCCACCGAAUUGCUUUUAUCAGUGUUAAAGUGGUCUGGACUGCUCGCUAACAGUCUGUGAGAAGCUUUGGUUUUGUUUUUUUAACUUGCAGUAUAUCAUGGAGCCACUCUGAGUAGAUUGGCUGGGUGAAAGAAUGUUUUGGCAGGAAAAUUACUUUAGACUUUGUUCCUACUCUUCCCUGCCCCAGUUCUUGUUUUAUGCUGUCUUCUGUAGGCCUCCAGGCACCUUAACUGGAAACAUCUUCCAGAUGAGAGACCAAGCUGCACCCUGAGCAAGCCUCCGGAGAAGGGGAUCUGAUGUUGUCUUGCUAAGGGUGUUGUACACGUGGAUAGGAAUGUUAGGGGCGUGGCACCACGACAAAAUAGCCUGCAUUUUGUCCAGCCUUUUACAAAUAACUUUGGAAAGAAGCGGUCACAAGUUUCUAACUUACAAACUGAUUUAGAGCCACUAAUGCCCAGAGAGCAAGCAUGCACCAUUUUAGAGGCUUACUCUUCAUGGUACACUCAAAAGCAAUUCCUUGAUAAAGGAAAAUUCAUAUGCAAACUAAUUUUGAUAUAGGAAAGCCAAAUUGUUGGGGAGAGAGCAAGUGGAAAAAGUCACUAUGGGGAAAAUUUUUCUCCAAACUUUCCAAAGAGAUGGAAUUUUUUUAUUCUUUAAUUUUGUAUGUUAAACAGACUUGGUAGAUUAGGUUAGUUGAUGACCUGCCUAGUCUCCAUCAUCAAACAAUUGCCUUUGUAAAGUGAAAAUAUUAGGAUGUAGCAGAAACAGCACUCACAACGUCAUUAUACUCUUACAUGUUUCCACUCCUCACUAACACAGCCGCCUCUUUGGAUUGUCCUGGGCCUGAGUGUCAGUUUCUGCUUUGAUUAUGCCCCAUAUCGUGUGUGUGUGUCUGGUCCCCAUUGUGCCACUACAGAUGUUUAUCGGGAUGCUUUUGGGGGUGGGGAGGAGGCACCCAGGGAGGGGAGUUGGUGAAGUGUACAGGUUACCAUGCAGAGAUAUGUGAACGUGUAUCUUGUAUUUCCCCAACACCCUCUUUGCUUGGUGUUACUGACAGCCAUCUUCCUGGGAGAACUAUGGAGACCCUUCAGGAUAUUUUUCUAACCCCACUGCCCUCAAAAAGAACAAAAGAUGCUAAUACAUUAUUGCUUGAGGUUUCAUGUUUGAGCUGGGGCUUUUUCACAGGUGAUUCCAUCAUUACAGCUCCUGAAAUAAGAACCAGGCACUUUUGCUGAGAACAACACACAGAGUUGCUUAAACACAGGGUAAAUUUCCUAAAGCUCUAAUCCUUGCUUUGGGCUGGGCUGGGCUGGGCUGGGCAGAGCCAGCCAGUGCGUCUUUUCCCCCACACAAUCCUUGAGUUACAAACUUCAUUUUCAGGGAAUUUCAAGUCAACAACAGGUAGAAUGAAUAAAUACUUGGUUACCAGCCUAAUAAUGUGAAUUGCUACGGAAUUAUUAUGUAAGAAAACAAAAAAUUAUGCAGAUACUUUAGCUAUAAAUUGAUGUAAAAUAUUGAUUUUUUUUUUUAAGGAAAGGAGAAAACAUUAUCUUUUUCACUUAUUAUGCAAUCAGUCAGCAGAUGUUUUUAAAAUGGUAAGGAGCGAGCAUGGAUGGGCCAGUUUGGUGCAUUUAGAAAAAAAUCAGUCUGGUUGUUCCAUCCCAGUGAAGGAGAGAAAGGAGGUAAGAGGAGUCAGGAUAUUCUUAAUUGACUCCUUGGUGACAAGUGCAAUGGGGUGUGGGUAGAAUUUAUUUUCAGAGCCAAGGGGACUUGAUGGUUAUGAAUAAAAUUGCUUUUAGCGAUGGAAUUUAUAGACAGAUCAUGUUGUUCCAAAAGAUGUGAAUAGGAUCCAUGGUAGUAAGUUGAUUCAGAAUAAUGUAGAUAUUUAGAUUAGCAAGUGUUGAUCAUUUGAUUUCUUAGAAUGAGGUUUUAAUUGAAUUUCAUUAUGUCUCCCGGUAGUACACAGAACAUCGGGAUUAGGAAUUUAGCCAUUUUGGAUUCUGCCUGCCACAAACAGACCUAUACUAAACAGUGCUAUUAAAUUUUAGACUGUUGUUCAAAUAUUUUAUUUUCUCCUACAACUACUUUUUAUUACUGAUGAACAAUUAAGACCAUUUAAAACAUGGGAGUACAAGUAUUUUUUUGAAUUAAAUUAACUUGCAGAAACCAAAUUUGCAGUGGUUGGGUUGUUUCUAGACAGACUUUGGUAUCAAUUUAAAACUAAGAUAAUUUUUAUAUUCUUUCCAAUAGAAUUUCAUGACAACUCCUGCAGUUUUCUUAACCUACAAAAAUAAAGUGCUGCAAUGAUGAACAAAGAAUUAUACAAAACCUACUUUUGUAUCUUUAUUUUGGAAUUUCUUGUUCUAUUAUAAAUAUGGAAGUAUCCCUAUUUCAGAAGACAUAUUUUGUUAAAAAAUGAAUUGUACAUAUUUAAAUAUGUAUUUUUGCACAGGUCUUUUUUUCUGAUAUCCUGUUUUGGUACAAUUGAGAUCAUCUAGUAUUUAUUUAUUAAUUAAUAAAAGUAAAAACCUUUUUAUAAUUUGAAGUGGUUCACUGCCAAGCCAAUAGUUCUAGAACCUGCCUCCUUUACAGUUUAAGGGAUGCCUCUGUUCCGUGAAAGUCUUUUUGUCCCUUUUAAUGUCUCGGGAGUGGAUUCAUACAGAUGAAGUGGGCAUUGCUUCUCCCUCAUUGCCGAUUCCCCAUAGACUACAUGUAACUAAGUGACACACUGCUUUUCUUUCAUUAGUGUUUUAUGUGUGUGUGUGUGUGUGUGCGCGCGCGCGCGCGUGCGUGCACGUUUUCUCGGUGUGUGUGUACCUUGAGCACAUGUGUGUUACUAGUAUGUGAUGUGAUAUAAAACUAAUGGGAAAAAACUGAAAGUGCCUGAACUUAGUUUUAAGCAUAGACAGACUCUCUUUAAAAAGACUUGAAUGUUCAGUUGAACUUUUGGAGUUGCUUUUUCCACCUAAAUAUUAUUUCAAGAAUUUUUAGGGGAGGAGUUGAAAACCACCAAUGUUGGUAAUUUUAUAAGGUAUUUUAAAUUAAGACAUUUUGGUUCACAGUAAUUGAAUUGGUGACGGAGUGUCCACUGGCACCACGGGUUCCAAAAUCUCUGCUCUGUCAGCCAGCAGCUUACACAAUAUGUCCGUUUUGUUAUUCACUCAUGAAAUAUAGAGUUUAAAAUAGAAUAUUUAAAAUAUUUUGUAUUCCAAAAAUAUAAUGCAAGUACCUCUGAGAAUAUUGGAAAAAUAUAUAAUUUGGAAAAUGUAAUUUAUAAAGGCAGCUGUCUUCCUACAAGAGUUCUGUUGCCAAGGAAUUUCUUAAUAUCUCUCAUUAUGUCCUGGGGGGAGGGGAACGGGGCUUUGAAAAUGAUUGUUAAAAGUUUCAUUGUUUAGCAGAAAAUAAUCAUUUUUACAUUUUGUGCAAAACAUUUUAAAUUUUCAGAUCAUUUAAAUGAGCACUACAUACUGUCAGUGUGAAUGUAGGGCCUUGAAGACAUUUUGCUGUUGUUUUGUUUCUGAGCUUGGUUAUAAAAGCAAUCUCCUGUGUUAAAAUGUGUGAAUAGUUUGAUAAUUUGUACACAUAAUCAAGAGCAUCUCAGCUGGACUUGUGUGUUGGCUGCUGUAUAGAACAUGAACAAAUGUCAAGGGAUAGAAAAUUACUUUGGAUAUUUAAAAGAGAAGAAAUAUAUAGUCUAUUUGUUUUGUAACAAGUUUCUGUAAAUAAAAUAAUUUAUACUAUUUAUAAGAAAAAGUUGUGCUUUGCUUUAUGAGAAAUUAGUUUGUUGAACAAACAUGUUGCUAAAUGGGCAAUAAAAUUAGGACUUCUCAAUAAAUAAGGUUGGCUGCAU